UUCUCAGUUAACCCAACCCACCCGGGCGAGGUCGUUGUUUAUAAUCCUUUUACUCGGAUCACGGCCGAUUAGUGCAAAGCAAAAAUGAAUCUGUCGGCUGUCGCUUGCCUUCUGUUCUUGCUCUUCGCAGCGAAGACAACCAGGUCUCACUUCGGUCUAACCGGGGGCUUCCAUUAUAUCGAUCCGACUGACACAGCAUUUCCCAAGGCAGUGAAGUUUAUCGUCUGUGAGCUCAAUAAGGCGUCCAAUGACAUAUUCGCGUACAAACUGGCCAAGAUCAUUAGUGCUAAGUAUCAGGUGGUUUCAGGAGUGAAGUACAUAAUAGAAGCUAUAAUUGGGCGAACCACAUGUAAAAAAGGAGACCUGACUGCCCAAAAUUCAAUAAACAAGUGUCCUUUCCAAAGAGAUCCUCAGAAUGCUAAGUAUUACAGAUGCAGAUUUGAAGUUUGGAGCCGUCCUUGGAUUCAAUCAACUCAACUCUUGGUGAAUGAAUGCUCAUAAAGAACUACAACAACAGCAUGUACUUCUGGCAACUUAUAUGAGUUCAGCAAUUUUAAAUGUUUGAUUAGUUUAGUUAUACCAGCGUUACCUGUCAAUAUUGAUUAAUGCUUUGGGAAUGUUUAUUCAGUCUGCUGUCUUUCUUAAAAGUAUGGUAAUUUCCAUACAAACACUUUCUUAAUUAUUCUAUGCAAAUGAUAUAUUUUUAAAAAUAAAAACAUAUCCAUGAUGUUC